AACAGAGGCCAAGGUAGCAGUCCUGGUCCUUUCCAACCGAAAGCCUCACCUGCGCAAGAUGGGUCCCCACGUCACCUGCUUCAGGUGGGUGGCUUUGCUCCUCAUCCUGACCCGCCAGCAUCCAGCGGAGGCCAAGCCGGCCCCACAUGCACAGGUCCUGGAGGGGCGGAUGGGGGUCCCAGCGGGGUCCUCGGAAGCGGAAGAGGGGGACGAUGGGCUUGCGUGGCCACUCGCGGAGACCGCUGCCCAACGGGUGCUCAUGGUCGCCCUCCUGGGCUCCCCCCAGCACCUCCCGCCCAGGAGCAAGAAGGGCCUCUCCCGGGGGUGCUUCGGGGUCAAGCUGGACCGCAUCGGGGCCCUGAGCGGAUUGGGAUGCUGAAGCUCACCUGGGAAAGAGUAACACUUUCGAGACGCCCAUUGAGGCCACCAACACCUCCAUUCAUCCAUUCAUUCUGGAUUUGCAGGAAUUACACAGCAGGAUAAAUAAAUGAGAGUUAAGCUGAAGUUACUUCUUUAGAUCUUGGAGAAGUUACUCUGAGAAUAUCGACUCACUUGGACUCAUGAAGUGAUUCGGUUUCCCAUUGGAGGUGGCUUCACCUUCCAGAUGCAUGUUUGUUCUCCCCGUUGUGAAAACUAACUCGUUACAAAGGGGUUUGGUGACUUGUAAUUCAUUAUGGCACCGGGAAAAAGUGAUGUGUCAAAUAAAUCUGUUUUCAUAA